AUGUUUUGCCAACUCUCCAGCGAUGUCAAGUUUUGGUCGAUGGUGAUCCUGGGCUCAGGAUUGAUCCUCCUGUGGACGCUAAUAAUCACACAUCUCGCCCACAAGAACCAGAGCCCCUCUCCCAUUUCAACUCCAAGCCAAUCACCAUCGGCCUGUAGAGCCACAGUCACGGUCACCGUCACCGUCGCCCCCACCACGUCAACUGUCAUGGGCCGCAUGAUGAAGAUUUUAAGUGCGGAGCCGGUGUGCUCGUGGGAGCCUCCUGAGGGUAUCCCCCUUCCGGCUUCGUCGCCGACACUGGUUGGCACCAGUCAGGUGCCGCGGUACACGGACCCCGUCAACAAGAGAGGAAGACUCGCUUCCCGACAUCCGGGACAAGUUCCCCAUUGCGGGACUGAUCACCCUUCCUACCAUCACCUCCUCGAAAACUUGAACACUCUGUGCAACAUCUCGCAGGGCAGCAAAGUCUCGUAUGCGAACGUCAGAGGGCCGUGUGCGAGCAGUUCAGGUCCGAAAGGGGGAUUCAAGAGCAAGCCGGACAUCAAAGUUGACAAGAUUUUCGCGGGAGGCGACGAAGCUGAACUGCAAAUCAGUUCUACCUUUAUCUAG